AUGUUCAACAGGAUUUUUGCUCUGUGUUUAUGUCUAACUCUGUGCGGCCAAGGCCUCUCUCUGGGAUGCAGAUGGAUGGAUCACAAGUUCAGCCAGCAAAGCAAGAGCGCCCUGGAUGAGCUGCGCACGAUGGGUGGAAAUUACACCCAGAACUCUUCAGGGGUUGACUUCCCAACAGGCCUGUACGAACAGGCUUCACAGGCAUCGGCAGAGGAUCGGCUUAACUUCAUGGCACAGGUCCUCGAGGAGGUGGUUCACCUGUUUGAGGAGGACUGGGACUCAAUGCCCUGGCCAGAGACCACAGUGAACAACUUCCUCAGUGUUGUAAACCAGCAGGAGGAGGGCGUGCGCUCCUGUAUUGUCAACCAGGGAAAAAAGAGCAAGAAGCUGCACAUGUACUUCAAGAGGCUGUCACGUCAUGUACUAAAGGACAUGGGACACAGUUCAGAGGCAUGGGAGCUGAUGAGGAAAGAAAUCGAAGCCCAUCUGUUGAGAAUAGACAUACUGGCCGCAUCUGUGUAA